UUUAAAGCCGACCGUAAACAGAAAGCGGAAACAAUAGAGAACCACAUACACACACCCUUGUCUUGGCGAUCUACUCAGGGAAAUAAAAUACCUUUACCUUUUAAGCAAUACUAUUAAAUAGACAUCUAAAGAAAAUACGAAGUCGACGAGUCCUUGGGGGCAUUUGACUAAGUCGGUCACCAUGGCACUGAAAAGAAUACAGAAGGAGCUUCAUGACCUGCAGAGGGAUCCGCCAGCACAGUGCUCUGCUGGACCCGUGGGAGAAGACUUGUUCCAUUGGCAAGCAACAAUAAUGGGGCCAGGUGAUAGUCCAUACCAAAGUGGUGUCUUCUUUCUCACAAUCCACUUCCCCACCGACUAUCCCUUCAAGCCACCAAAGGUAGCAUUCACAACAAAGAUCUAUCAUCCAAACAUCAACAGUAACGGGAGCAUCUGCUUGGACAUCUUGCGAUCCCAGUGGUCUCCAGCAUUAACUGUAUCAAAAGUGCUGUUGUCCAUAUGUUCGUUGCUUUGUGACCCAAACCCGGACGACCCCUUAGUUCCAGACAUAGCACAGAUCUACAAACUAGACAAAGAGAAAUACAACAGACUAGCAAGAGAUUGGACUCAGAAGUAUGCAAUGUAAAGGCCCUCCUGAAGAUUUUUUUUUUAAAGUCACAAAACACUGUACAUUCUGGUAAUAGAAAGUAAACUUAGGUGAUAUGGAACACAUUGUACUGUCAACAUUUAUCAUGUGAACCCAUGAACUAUGGAUGAUUUUGUGUUUACAGGGGGUAUACACUGCACAUAUGUACAUUAAGGGUGAUAGAUAUGGGGGACAACAACUGGACAUUGUUGUUAUCCCUACUUCCUGGUUUUGGGAACUUUUGUUUCUCGUCUCAUGAAUGGAAGAGGAAGUCAUUAGAAUACUGUAGCCCACGGUUACAUUCAGAAUACUGUAGCCUGCUGUUCCAGUCAUCAGAAUACUGUAGCCUGCUGUUCCAGUCAUCAGAAUACUGUAGCCUGCUGUUAGUCAUCAGAAUACUGUAGCCUGCUGUUAGUCAUCAGAAUACUGUAGCCUGCUGUUAGUCAUCAGAAUACUGUAGCCUGCUGUUAGUCAUCAGAAUACUGUAGCCUGCUGUUAGUCAUCAGAAUACUGUAGCCUGCUGUUCCAGUCAUCAGAAUACUGUAGCCUGCUGUUAGUCAUCAGAAUACUGUAGCCUGCUGUUAGUCAUCAGAAUACUGUAGCCUGCUGUUCCAGUCAUCAGAAUACUGUAGCCUGCUGUUAGUCAUCAGAAUACUGUGGCCUGCUGUUAGUCAUCAGAAUACUGUGGCCUGCUGUUCCAGUCAUCAGAAUACUGUGACCUGCUGUUAGUCAUCAGAAUACUGUAGCCUGCUGUUAGUCAUCAGAAUACUGUAGCCUGCUGUUCCAGUCAUCAGAAUACUGUAGCCUGCUGUUAGUCAUCAGAAUACUGUAGCCUGCUGUUAGUCAUCAGAAUACUGUAGCCUGCUGUUAGUCAUUAGAAUACUGUAGCCUGCUGUUAGUCAUUAGAAUAAUGUAGCCUGCUGUUAGUCAUUAGAAUACUGUGGCCUGCUGUUCCAGUCAUCAGAAUACUGUGGCCUACUGUUAGUCAUCAGAAUACUGUGGCCUACUGCUACAGUACAACAUACUCAUGGCUCUGCUGACUGUCACCCAUAAAGAGGGAAAUUGAGGAAUCAAACCAACAGUUUUGUUUUAUUGUAUCAAACUAUUCUGGACCUACUUUAGUUGUUUUAGCAUUAAGUCAGAACUUGUAUCAUUAAAACAUUGAAAUACAUUCUCUGCCAUUAACAGUGAUUUAGGGGCUUCAGUUAUGGCUUAUGCUGUUUAGCACUUUUGUAUAAUUAAAUAAUGGUACACUUUA